AUGACAGAGUCAGAUGAAGAGCAGUGCUGGAACAGUCACGCCAAGGCCAGGUGAGGUGUUCAGCAUUUAUAGUCCCGUCUGGUUUCAUUAUGCAGCCCAGCUUUACGACAUCUACUGCUUUAUGACCGCUGACAGCUGCUCUCUGAGUGCUGGAGAACCUCUUUAUGACCGCUGACAGCUGCUCUCUGAGUGCUGGAGAACCUCUUUAUGACCGCUGACAGCUGCUCUCUGAGUGCUGGAAAACCUCUUUAUGACCGCUGACAGCUGCUCUCUGAGUGCUGGAGAACCUCUUUAUGACCGCUGACAGCUGCUCUCUGAGUGCUGGAGAACCUCUUUAUGACCGCUGACAGCUGCUCUCUGAGUGCUGGAGAACCUCUUUAUGACCACUGACAGCUGCUCUCUGAGUGCUGGAGAACCUCUUUAUGACCACUGACAGCUGCUCUCUGAGUGCUGGAGAACCUCUUUAUGACCGCUGACAGCUGCUCUCUGAGUGCUGGAGAACCUCUUUAUGACCACUGACAGCUGCUCUCUGAGUGCUGGAGAACCUUCUUCUCUUUAUGACCGCUGACAGCUGCUCUCUGACUGCUGGAGAACCUUCUUCUCUUUAUGACCGCUGACAGCUGCUCUCUGAGUGCUGGAGAACCUUCUUCUCUUUAUGACCGCUGACAGCUGCUCUCUGACUGCUGGAGAACCUUCUUCUCUUUAUGACCACUGACAGCUGCUCUCUGAGUGCUGGAGAACCUCUUUAUGACCGCUGACAGCUGCUCUCUGAGUGCUGGAGAACCUCUUUAUGACCGCUGACAGCUGCUCUCUGAGUGCUGGAGAACCUCUUUAUGACCGCUGACAGCUGCUCUCUGAGUGCUGGAGAACCUUCUUCUCUUUAUGACCGCUGACAGCUGCUCUCUGACUGCUGGAGAACGCUCCACACGAUACAGAUAAUUAAAUCAUUUCCUGCUAAUGAAAUGUGAUUCAGUCUUUAAAUAUGUUUCUUCUGUAUUCCUCAGAGAUGUUUCUGAACACCUGUUGUUGUUGUUGUUGACGACACAGUUGUUAUCCUCCCUCUCCCAGGUAUUUUCCUGAGGUGGUAAAGGACGGCCUCACCAACCAGCUGAACAACCCAGAGGUAGAGGUGGACAUCACUAGACCAGACACUCUGAUUCGCCAACAGAUCAUGACACUCAGAGUCAUGACCAACAAGCUGAAAAACGCCUACAAUGGAAACGACAUCUACUUUCAGGACUCCAGUAAGUCAGCUGCAUUGUGUCCCAAAUGACACCCGAUUCUCUAUACAGUGCACUACUUUAGACCAGAGCCCUUAGGGGUGUAUAUAGGGUGGCCCUUUGACCAGAUCCCUUAGGGGUCUAUACAGGGUGGCCCUUUGACCAGAGCCCUUAGGGGUCUAUAG